GCUUGCUCUGCCCACUUCAAUCUUCUUCUUUAUACCCUUUCUUCGACUUUAUCUGAAUUCUGAGUCACGAUGGCAGCAAAAACCCCCAUUUUCACCGACCAAGCCCCCGCACCGUUCCCGAUCUUCUCGCAGGCGAUCGUCCACAAAGACACAGUCUACUGCUCCGGCAUGAUCGGACUGGAUGCAAAGUCCAACACUCUGGUGACUGGCGGGGUGGAAGAACAGACAGAGCAAUUACUGCGCAAUCUGGAUCUGGUCCUCCAGGCAGCCGAAUCCGGGCUGCAGAACAUUCUCAAGAUGACCGUUUUCAUCACCACCAUGGAUGACUUUGCUGCGAUGAAUCGUGUUUAUGCACGACACUUCUCUGUACCCAUGCCGGCGAGGACUUGCGUGGCGGUGAAGGAAUUGCCCCUGGGAGCGCUGGUUGAGAUGGAGUGCAUUGCGUACAAAUAG